AUGCUUUUUUCAUAAAGAUAUAAAGUUCUGAAAAAUUUAGGAGAUGGUGUAUCUUCAAUAGUUAAAUUAUGUUAAUUAAAAGAUAAAGAAAACGAAGAUUUCAAUAAGCUUUUUGCUGUUAAAAUUUUUAAAAUAAAAUCUGUAGAUGAUACAUUAGAAAUAUAAAGAGAAGCCUAAUUGUUAUAUGUAAACUGA